AUGCCAAAUCGCAACGUCUUUUUUAUUCUAUUUGCCAUUCUUGCCCUUUUAUCAGUUCCAGCAUGUGCCAAUCAAGCAACAAUCCAUGACAAUCCUACUCUAUUGAAUGAAUCACCCACAAAUCCUCAGCCAUCCUUCCCUGAUUACCCUUCAGAGCCACCUCGCCUUGGAGAAAUCUAUGAUACCCUGCCACUGCUGAUGAAUUGGAAACUUGCAUACCUUUUUACCGUCAUUACGCUUUGCUUCAUGUUAACAAACUAUUUUCUUAAUGCAUGCGAAGACCAUCUGGAUAAUAAUGACAAAGUCGAUAUGGGAUACAGCAACAGCCAACAGCAUAGUGAAGAAACGAUAGGCCUGUUGGCCGAGAAUACCACCAUUGUAACGGCAACCGGGGUUUAUGGCGCCCUUACAAAAGCAAGCCACAAGAAGGAUCUGAUAACAUUACAAUAA